UUUUUUUUUAGAUUAAAUAAUGCACCAGUUCAGGGCUACACAGAUCAUGUUGGUAACAAAACUACCAUAAGGAUGACCUAUCCAGAGGGAGCCCCACUUUCUGAAAAUGAAUAUAACCCUCAGAGCUUGUUUGUUGUUGUCUUAUUUAAAAGUGUCGAUUUCAAUUGGCUUCAAGCAGUGGUAAAAAAUGAAGCAUUGCCACUAUGGGUGCGACUAUUUUUUUGGAAGCAGGUGGCUGAGAAAAUUCCUGUAGCACCAAAACAGUUUCGUAUUUUAAAUCCGAUCAUCAUUAAAGAGACUGCCUUGGAUAUACUACAGUACCCUGAGCCUCGAUCUAAAUUCUGGGGCUGGGAUAAG